UACCUGAUAUUCAACAUCAAUACUUCAAUCUUUUAGAAUGGAUAUGACAAACAACUUGCAGCAAAUAAUAAGUUCAAAUGAAGUGAAUGUAUUAAAUAUGGAGAAGAUAUAUGAAGUUUUACGAAUAGUUACUUCACUGAUGAGAUUUUGUUAUAUUAAUUAAAAAUCCUCAUAACCAUAAUCAUAAAAAAUUUUAUGCCAAAAUGAAACUUAGUGUGAGUGCUUACAGAGCUCAUGCCUCCGCUCAUAAAAAAAUACUUUCCAGUGGUUAUCAUUCUCAACUUAAUUAUGGAAGUACUGUAGCGGCAGCAUCUUCUUCAGGAAAUAGUGUUUCUUCAGUAAUACGGUCAUAUACGAUGAACACCAAUGAAUUGGCAACGCCAUUUCGAAAUACGUGCAGCAGUGACACUGAGGUCGUUAGUCCAAGUGGUACAAGUAGUUCGGGGCAAGAUACUGUUAACACCCUAAAUAAUAGUAAAACUUAUAACAAUGAAGAUAAUGUGAGCAAUGGACUCUUAUCGGAUUGUAAACACACAAGACAAAGACACCCUAUGCUCAUAGCGCCGAAACUUGGUACUGGCAGCACUAUUAAUAAAUUUUCACUAAUCUGAGAAUAUCCGAAAUAGUAGAUUCUCUGCUUAGUUUCUGUUUUGUAAACAAAUUUUUGUGGUAAUAAUCUACUAAGCAACUAAUCUGUGGCCUGAAUACACAUCAUGUAAAUGUCUAACUGAAUUCUGACUAAGCACGGUGUUAACAUGUCUCCAAAAGAAAAUAGAGCAAUAAAUAAA